CAUUUCCAUUUCUUUUUAUUCCAGAAACAGCUCACCGACGAGAAGAAAACUGAUGAGUUGCACUGCCCUGAAAACCCGAAAGGAGGCCUUCGAAAACUCAGACUCUACCAAUGGAUCACUUGCCACCUUUCCCUGAAAACAAUAUUCCACUUCUGCACGCUAUCGUUCCCCCUCCGCGGCCUUACCGGGACAGAGAGAAAAUGCUAGUUGAGAAAGCUCUUCGUCUGAAAUACGGUCGUUUCUUCUACCGAUUUCCUAAUGGGGAAUCAGCAGCUGAUGUUUACGACAGAAUCACAGGAUUCAGAGAAACACUGAGAACAGACAUAAACAUAGGAAGGUUCCAGGCGCCAGGAGAACGAAGCCCGAACAUGAACAUAAUCAUAGUGUCUCACGGUCUGGCUAUUCGUGUGUUUCUGAUGAGAUGGUACAAAUGGACGGUGGAGCAGUUUGAGGAACUCAACUAUAUGUGCAAUGGUGGGAUGAUUGCAUUGGAAAGAGGCCAUGGCGGGAUGAGUGCUGCAUUGCAGAUUGAAGGAAAAUACGCCACUGCUUUUAUCGCAGCAACAGUGCUCAAUCUCCCAUUCUCACGGCCAAAACUGCUUAGUUGUGGCCCUGUUCGGUGCUCUAAAAACCCAAAUGAGGCCUUUGAAAACUCUACCAACGGACAUGCCACUUUUCCUGAAAAAAGUAUUCCACUUCAUCUGGCGGUCGACCGUCCUCCACGGCCUCGCCGGAUAAUCCUGGUGAGACAUGGGCAGAGUGAAGGCAAUGUUGACGAGAGUCUGUACACCAGGGUUGCUGAUCCAAAGAUUGAUUUGACCGAAAAAGGAAAGGCAGAGGCAGAGGAAUGUGGGAGGAAGAUAAGGGAAAUAAUAGAGAAAGACAAAGCUGUUGACUGGAAGGUUUACUUCUAUGUUUCACCAUACAAAAGAACCCGUGAAACCCUUCGAUACUUGGGUAGGGCAUUUGAACGUUCCAGGAUGGCCGGAAUGAGAGAAGAGCCUCGAAUUCGUGAGCAAGAUUUCGGAAAUUUUCAGGACAGAGAGAAAAUGAGAGUUGAGAAAGCUCUUCGUAUGCAAUAUGGACGUUUCUUCUACCGAUUUCCUAAUGGGGAAUCAGCAGCUGAUGUUUACGACAGAAUCACAGGAUUCAGAGAAACAUUGAAAGCAGACAUAGACGUAGGAAGGUUUCAGCGCCCAGGAGAACGAAGCCCGAACAUGAACCUGAUCAUAGUGUCUCACGGUCUGGCUAUUCGUGUGUUUCUGAUGAGAUGGUACAAAUGGACUGUGGAGCAGUUUGAGGCACUCAACAAUAUGGGCAAUGCUGGGAUGGUUGUUAUGGAAAAGGGCUAUGGUGGAAGGUACAGCUUGCUAAUGCACCACACAGAAGAAGAGUUAAAAGAGUUUGGAUUGAGUGAUGAAAUGUUGAUUGAUCAAGAAUGGCAAAAGAUGGGAAGAAUUGGAGAACUGAAUUAUGAUUGCGAGAUAUUGAAUUCUUUCUUCGAUCACUUUAAAGAUGAGAGCUGCAUCGCAGAUUAAUGGAACAUGGUAAUGAAAUCAAGGAGAUGAAGAUCAUUACCAGGAAAGACUCAAACACAUGUAGUUCAAUUUUAUUUUACUUUCAAUGUAACUGUGUAACUGGUUCACUUGGUGAAAAGCAGUGUUCAAAAAUAGAGAAGACUCACACCGUCCUUUUUUCGGAUGAUUUUAUGGUAGUACUUGUCUUCUAGUGUCCGAAGCUGCUGCAGGGCAUUUUUUAUCCCUG